AUGACAAAUUCCUCGGACUCGGAUCAUGGAGUUCGUUUUAAUUGUAAAGUGGAGACCUCAACAAAGGUUCCAAAAUCUGUCCAUGAGUUGACACCAGGAGACAUCAAAGUUAUUGGAGCGAUAGGGGACUCAAUCACAGCUGCAAACGGCGCCCAUGCCUGCAACAUAUUUGAGGUUUUCAAUGAGUAUCGCGGAGCAUCAUGGAGCAUUGGAGGGGAUAAUAAUCUUACACUGGCCCUCACAAUACCAAAUAUUUUGAGACGUUUUAAUCCUGAUCUGAUCGGGUUCUCUUUGGGAGUGGGAAACGUCACGUCCGGUGGGUCAAACUUCAACUGUGCUGUGCCAGGUUCUGAAGCUAGUGACAUGCCCGGGCAAGCAGAGAACUUAGUGAACCGAAUGCGCGCUAAUCCCAACGUGGAUAUUACCAACGAUUGGAAGCUGAUUACCUUGUUCGUGGGAGGCAACGACCUGUGCGAACAUUGCGUACACCCGUCUAAUUUCACGGUGGAAGAUUAUAUUUACGGCAUCACCCAAGCACUGGACAUCUUUCACGAGAAGCUACCUCGUACCUUCGUCAAUGUUGUGGGCCUGAUGAAUAUCACACAGCUUGUCAUACAAGAAAAGGUCAUCUGCACGAUUGUUCACGAAAUACUUUGCGAAUGUAUCCUUAAUCUCGACCUAGGCGAACGACUGACACUGGAGCAGCUCAAUCGGGACUACCAAGAUGCACUGAAGGACCUUGCAAGCGGAGGGAGGUAUGAUACCAGAAGUGAUUUCACCAUUGUAUAUCAGCCAUUCAUGGAGGAAACAGAGUUUCCAAUUGGCGAUGAUGGUAAAGUCGACACUUCGUACAUGGCGCCCGAUUGCUUUCAUCUGAGUGCCAAGGGACAUGCCUUUGCAGCAAGGGAGCUCUGGAGCAACAUGCUUCAGCCAGUUGGCCGCAAAACCGAUGCCUGGGAUCCAUAUGCCACCGAAAUUCCAUGCCCGACCAAGAAAUAUCCCUACUUUGCUACAAUCAAAAAUAAAGACGGCGUGGUGGAUGGGGGAAUCCAGUCCGUUGAGCCGUGUCAUCAGCUCGUACUCGCCUUGCAGUUGCUACUGGCUCUUCUUGUAUUCCUGAAUAAAUAAACUCCUCAAUCCUUAACAAUCAAACAAAACCGUCCACCCUUUACCUCGUUAUCUUCCUGAAAUACCCGGAAAGUAAAAACUUAACUACUGUGACAUAACACGCAAAUACCGGGAUUUUUUUCAUACUGUUGAUUUUCCGAUGUGUAGCGUAUAACAUUUGUUUUUCCGCAACGGUAGCCGUCUUAUAUUGCAUUGUCCCCGAUAUGAAGUUUGUUUGUUUGUUUGUUUGUUUGUUUUGAUUUGGGUGUUUUUGUUUGGGGGGGGGGGGCGGUCAAGAGUUUACAAUACCAAAUUUGCAAUUUUGUUGAGAUUAUGCCUACUCAUUGUUAUAUUCCUGUAUUGCCAUGCACUGCCUUAACGUUACGUGUACCGGGGUUGAAGUGUAAACGACUUCCACAUGGCAAACACGGGUCAAAAUCGCAUAUCAGUCUUUGACUUCAAUCCCAGGCUUUGUAGACCCUCUGUUUUAUAGACCAACUGUUGAAAAGAGCAAGGGAAUUUAUGAGCAAGAAAGACCAUUUCUAUUUCCCCUUUAUUUUGUCACAAUGGCUCAACUUCUUAAAUAUGUAAGAUGCACGUACAUGUCUACAUAAUACCGAGUCAUAUAGCGCAGAUUGUUUAUCACAUUAUAAGUAACCGUUAAAAUGUAUCAUUACUUUGUAAACUUAUUCGCAGUAUUUGUUAGAUUUACUUACAAGACAGAGAACUGUAUAAAUAGAGAGAUAUUACACAUGUAAAGUGCACUAGAAUUAAUUUAACACUCAAAAGUGAAAUUGUCUACAUGAGGAUUGCUUUCGAAUGUGGAACUGAGGAAGGCAAUAUGGUUGAUAAUAUAAUGCACAUGUUAAAAUUGAAUGAUAUAUGGAUUUAUUUGUAUAUCUCGGGUCUGGAUUAAUUGAUGAUUCUUUAUUUUGGAUUUAAAAUCACAAAAUCUGAUAAGUUAAUCGCAGACCGUUUUUUAACCAUUUGAAUUAUUACAUCGUUUAGUCUCCGUGUGCCCAUAGUUCAACAUCAUCUGCACUCACAGGGAUAGCUAUCGGAUUGUCUCCUAGCUAGGACAGGUAGAGGUUGUUACUACGCAUUACACGGCGCUUCAAAUGAUAUGAUACCUUUAGAGUUUCACUGCACUCAAAUAACCGUUGUAGUGCCGUUUAGAUUAUCGACUAUUAUGGCCGUUGAAGUAAACAAAGCAUAUUUUGAUCUUUUGAUUGUUGAUGUAACAUUUCAUUAUCUAAACAGCGAGUUGUUAACCUAUAAAAGCGUGAUUAGUGUUCCUAUGGAGUGCGCAUUAUCUUUUGUAUUGAUCUUUCUCAACAGAAUUCGCAAUUUAAUCUCAAUUCUCCCUCGGUUUUAUAAUGACUUCAACAGUUCUUCAAAUGACGAUGUUGUGGUAAGACGAGUUCAAAGGGUAUCUGGGGAACAUUCCUUUGUGUCGUUAUUUACAGACUUGAUGAA